AUGCCCCCCUUUCCGCCGGCGGCCAUGGAGGGGACCCCCAGCUCGCUGGAAACCCUGCUGUGGGUCUACCACUUCCACAGCUCCACGGAGGUGAGGCUCCGCCGGCGGCCCCGCCCGGGGCGGGCACCCCUGGGAGCUCCGCCCGGUGACCCGCCGGCGCCGCCGUCCCCGCUCCUUGCCCAGGUGGCCCUGCAGCCCCCGCUCCUGUCCUCCCUGGAACUCGCCGUGGCCGCAGCCCACGAGUAUCUGGAGCAGAGUUUCCGGGAGCUCGAGUCCCGCCAGCCGCGGGAGCCGCGGGGACCGCCAGCCCCGAAGCCCACUCUGGGGCUGGUGCUGAGAGAGGCCGCGGCCAGCGUCGUGAGCUUCGGCGCCACCUUGUUUGAGAUCUCAGCCCUGUGGCUGCAGCAGGAGGUGCGGCGACUGGACGGCGACGCCGGCAGCCCGGGCCCGGCCCCAGGCGCCGGGGACCCGGGCGGAGCGCUGGCCCGGGUAGCCCAGGCGGCGGGGCAGGGGGCUCGGCGAGCCGGGGCUGCGGCGGGCGCGGGGGCCCGCCUGGCGCUGCAGGGGGCGUGGCUGUGCCUGUGCGGGCGGGGCCUGCAGGGCUCCGCCUCCCUCCUGCCGCCGUGGGGGCGCCCGCUGGGCCUCGGGGCGGCCGGGGGACCGAAAUACUCAGGGGACCUCAAGGUGACAUCCAGCAGCAGCGCGGAGGACGGGGGACCCGAGAACCCGCCGCCGCCCCAGCCCCGCCCCACGCUCGAAUAA